ACGGUGACUGUUUCUUUCUGGAGACGAUUGGGGGCGACAGCAGCACAGGGCCUUCCGAAGAAGACAGCCCCAGCAGCAGCAGCAGCAGCAGCAGCAGCAGCAGCAGCAGCAAGGCAGUGGAAGAAACAGUGUUUAGGCUGCAGCAAGCAGCAGCAAAGCGCAGCAAACUUGCUGAGGCCUUGGGGGGCCCUCUUGCUGUUAUGAAGCUGCGCUGCAGGCUGGCUUGUUUGACCCCAGAGCAGCAGCUCGAGCUGCUGCUGGAGGUUGCUGCUAAGGACGCAGCGCUCAAGCGAAUGGUGAGCAGCAGCUAG